AUGCCCGAAAUCACAGAUUUGCCCCGACGCUCUGUGUCCGAAACUCAACAGAGCUUCCAGACCUUGCUGGCAAGGUUUGAAGACACGCCUGAACCACCCGUGGAACCCAAAAUGCCAUUAUCUUCCAGUGUUGACUCAUUUCACACCGUCGCAUCGUUAUCGUCGUCGCCAGCGGAAUCAGAUUCUGGCUCAACUUUCCCUUCGGCCACAUCAACUGACGGCACCGAUCUCGGUCUGCGUGAAAGCAGUAACAACCAGGGUCACUUGGAGAAUCUAAAAUUCGAGGAGGUUGACUUUUCUGCAGGACGCACUGUACCAGAAGUUAAGUGCGAAGAUUGCUGUUCACCUAGGCCCCCGGCUUCCCCUAGGGCUUCUUUCUCGGAGGAAGAGUUUCGACGAGUGCCUGGUGCGCUGCCGGAUGAUCAGAUGUCCAUUGCCAGCUAUGCUGGUACAUCUAAGACCACAGACUCCAAUCCCAACCUCAACAGCAUGAGCAUAGAAUUUCGUCGUCGGUCUAAGGCGUCCCGGGAGCGAGAACUUUCGCCGAUGCCACCUCAGUCGGCUUUAGCCCUUACCAGCCCCUCGGACAAAGAAAACGCGGCCUCUCUGAUUCAGAAGACAUGCACGGUGGUCCUUAUCCCUCCGAUUCAGUUAUUUAUCGUCCUCAUUCAUAUAGCAGCUCGGAUCGUAUUAGGCCCAGCUUUGACAUCGGCCAUGGGGGAGUUAAAUCAUAAGUAUGAGUAUCAAGUGGCGGAUCCUCAGGAGGCUGUGGACGACUUUGAUCUUCCACUUGCACCCGACUGUCCGAGGAAACAGUCGGUAUCCGAAGCCAACUCUUGGGAUUUGGAUUAA